CGUUCAUCUUCUUCUCUCCGUUUUUCCUUCUCCAAAUAUACAAACACAGAAGUCACGAAAGGUGCUGCUUUCUGACUUUGAUUGGAGGGACUCCUGGGGGUUGUUUGCCUAAAUCCUACCAGCAACAACAUAGUGGAGGCAAAUAAACACUCUAAGGAGAGUGAUCAAAAUCACCUCUUCAAUCCGUUUUCUCCAUACUGUUUCCCUCACAGAUUGUCCUCUACAAUAUGAGCUUCUUCAAGGAGAAUUAAUCAAGUUUUUUAACUCUUCUUUGGCCCCGAUGAUAGACAAAAAUGUCCUAAUUCUGGCAUUUGCUUUUCCCUUUUUUCAAAACCGGCUUAAUCCGGUUGAACCCGAUCCGACCAUUAAAUCUCAAACUCAUUGCCAAACCGGCUGGAUGACUUAUCCCGGUUUGACAACCUACUCAGCUACCUAUCAUCUCUGAUCGCCGCCCACAAAAUUUCGGGAACAACUACAGUGGCACUUUAUUCCCUCUGUUAUCCAUUUCUUUCCACCAUAUCAACAAUUUUCAUCACUCUCCCUCUUAAACUUCGCCCUGAGCUCCUCUCGACAGUUCUCUGAUGAAACCCCUGGCCUAGUUUUGUUAAAUGGAUCUCUGAGUUUGUGUCUUCAAAUUUGAUAGCCUCGUGAGCAGUUUGUGGAAGUAGGUUUUAAGCUGCACUGUUGAUGCUCUAAAGCCCGCGAUCGAAGUGGUUGUCCCGAAUUGGGAAGCAUGCAUUGAAGAUCGCUUCUCCUGCUGGCACUGAGAUCUCUAAGUAGGCCCAAGGAGCCAUUCAGACCACCGACAUUGACAUCCAGCCUGUAGUUACUGCGGCCAAGGUUGGUUGAUUGCAAUUUCAGGCAAUCAUCUUUUAAAUUCCUUACCUUUUCCUCGUUUGAAUAAGGCUUUUUCUACCAUAUAUGGGACAGUUUCUUUGUGUGGAAAUGGGGAUGAUAGGAGAUUUAUGGCCUCUGUUGAAGGACUGCUUGCUUCUUCCACAUUGUUAACUUCUUGAAUAUGAACCUAGUUGGCCUCGUCGAUUUGGUUAUUAUACUGUGGUGUUUUGAAGAUUAAAUACUGCAUACUCUGUGCUCCUUGAAGUAGUUGAUGUACUAUUCUAAGUUAAGUUAUGUUAUGGAUCCUGUCCCAUUUUCCUGUAUUAGGGAUUUAAAAAAAUGGAGUCAUGAGAUGGAGCAUUGUCAGCAACCUCAUUGGAUGAAUCAAUAACAUCCUUCUUCACCUCGGCUCCUCCUCUAAAAGAGGGUGAUAAUUUGGGAGAAAGGGUUAUGGAGUUCGUCGAGCUCAACUCCACCAUUACAGCAGGCAAGUCUACAUGGAACUGUUGCAGAACUGAUUGGGAGCUGCAAACUUCUUUACCCUCUUUUCUGAAUGCUGAGAUUUGGCUGCAGGGGAUGGAGGGCACAUGAAGGUUGUCUGCGUGAGUAUGUAAUGAGUCACGUCACAUGUGAGUCACGCCACUGGAGCAACGCUGCGUUCAUUACAUCGAUAAUUUGAGUUCAGGCCAUAGAGGAGCAACAUCAGCAGAGUAUGUAAUGAGUCACGUCACAUGUGAUUCUUGUAUUGUGAUAAUGCCUUCCAAUUUGUUUUGCGCUCUUCUUGUUGACCCUUUUGUUUUCUUCUACUGUCUUCAGGUACUUUGUUAAGGCUGGUUAUGCUGUUGUAUUUCUAUAUAGGAGGUGAGAGUUAGUUUCUUGUAUCAAUUGCUUUCUCUUGACUGCACGAGCUUAAUCUCCGGCAAAUAGUCAAGAAUUAUAUGUGAUGUAAUCUGUGCAUUCAGGGGAACCAUCAUGUCAUAUACCCGUUCUCUUCUUGAAGAUCCACUGCUUAAAUGUCUUGAGCUUGAUGGAGAUUUCAGCAUUCAAGGUUUGAUUGAAUUUCUCUCUCUGAUUACUCAUACUGCACCUCAUGUGAAAGGACAUUCAUUUGGUUUUAGUGUGUCGGGAAUGUAAAUAUGUUUUCUUUGAUUGUGGACAGUUCAUAUUCUGCACUGGUUGCAAUAUAAUCAUAAUCUGCUAAAUAUGGUUGUCAAAAUAGUAGUCUUUGUAAUGAUAUAACCCAGAUUUCUAUAACAUUUCAGUGUGACAAUUGUGUUCAGAUGCUGUGAAGAAGUCAAUUAGUGAUCAUCAUGCAGUAUGCAACAUUGACCUCUUAUUAAAACUUCAGUCAUAGUAUUCUUUGUGAUUUGUGCUUCGACAAAGCUAGAGUUUUAAGUUAGCUUAUGAUUGAGCCACUUUUCACUCUUUUCUUUCAACUUCUUCCACAGGCUGUGGCAGGAAACCUACUAUUAAAACUUCCCUUCACUACUAUAUUUGAGUAUCUUCAGGUGAACUUUAGGCUUCUUUUUCCUCCCUGGAACACAAAAAUGUUUGAUAUUGGCGGACCAGUGACAUAUAUAGACUGGAGCUUUCUGUAUUCCUCCCUGCAUGUAAAUGCCGAAACGUUUGAUGUUGCUUACAGAUGUUACAAAUAAUUGCAAAAGCAAUGAAGCCGCUCGGGCCACUUGCCAUGUUUCAUCGUGCUGCUGCAGUUUCAGACUUCUAUGUUCCAUGGCAGACCAUGACAGAGUAUAAGAUUCAGUCCGCAUUCGGGCCUUUGGAUAUGCGACUUGUUCAAGUGCCAAAAAUGCUAGCAAUCCUAAGGAAAGAAUGGGCUCUACUCGCUUUCUGCAUACCAUUCAAGUUGGAGACAAACUCGAAGAUUCUUCUGGAGAAGGCCGACAUGGCUCUUAGAAAGUACAAGAUGCAUAUGGUGAUAGCGAAUGAACUGUUGACGUGUAAAGAAGAGGUUACUGUCGUUACUGUCGACGGAAUGAUCCUAGUAUACCGUGACAAAUCGUAGCCUGAUUCUGAUGUGGAACAUCCCCUAACUGAACUCAUUCUGAAUAAGCCUUCUACUUACAUCAAGAACACUAAUAGGUGAUUUUUGUCCAGCCAACUGCAGCAAGAUCUAUCUAUGAAAUGUACUUUUACAUUCUGUGAACACUAGUCAUGGGGUUCCUUCAAACUUAGAAAUCCUUUCUUGCUGUUGACGUUGAUCCAAGAAUAAAUCAGGAAAAGAACAGAGACUCCAUAUGCAAACUCUUUGCUGUUUGUAUCAUUCAUCCAAAACUUGGUGGAAGUGGGCAAUUUUAUUAGCCAUGUGGUCAUCAUUUGCUAUAUUUAUCUUCAACGACUCUCAAGUAGUGUACAAAAUGGAGUUUUUGGAACUAUUGCACCACAGGAGGGGAGGCACCUUUUUAUCUUUGUAGGGAUGGCGACCCCGACCUGUAGGCGGAUACCCGCCCAAAGCCUGCCAGAUAUCUGCCCAAAUGGUUGCAUUCUGAGGCUCGUCAACGAGCGGUGGUGAACCUAAUCAGUCAACCUUGGGUCUUGGUUGGUGACGGAUCGACGACUAUCCGCCCCGAGACUUGCCAGACGGAUUACCCAUCCCGCAAAACGAUGUCGUUUUGUCCGUGAUAUAUAUAUGCUGCUAAUAGAUGGGUAAACCCUAGCAUGCUGUUGCCGCCUCCUUCAUUCGAGCCAUACCCCCGAAAAGCAACAAACCCUAAUUCUCAUUUCUCUCCGCCUCUCUAGCGAUCAUAUUGCAAGAACAAUGCAAUUUUACCUCUCUGGUAACCUUUGAAUCCCUCACUCUCUUUCGGUUCGAAGUCUAUAGGAAGUUCAAGUCGUUGAGGUAAGUUUCGAUAGAGCUAGGCUUUGGUUAUUCCUAAUAAUUUUUCUUAUAGGUUGCCAAGGGAGUGCUAUUUAGAGAUGUGUGGACUAGUACAAUACAUUGUACUCGAUAUCAGUCCUCCACCUUUUAGCCCUCAGUGUCUGGCUGGUCUUCGCUUGUCUGUACGAUUCUCAUUGAUUAUGUAGCAAACCAGCUUUUCCCCAUCAUUUACUAAGAUCUAUUUCUUUCAUAACAUCGAAAAGCCUAGCUACUUUCUCUAUCGGUGACUAAACUAAGAAAAGAAAACUUUCAUUAGCAAUUCCCAACGAAAUGGGCUAGCGUAGAUCCUUUUCGACUAUUGGAAAACGACCUCCCUCUCCUGAAAGGAGUGCUUUCUAUUGACCGGAAAUUGGAAUAUGCUAGAAAGAGUGAGUGAAUAAAUCAUUGAUUUUAUCCUCUCCCCUUCUUCGAUAUUUUUUUCUCUUGGUUUGGGUGAUAUUUUCCUCAUCUGGAGCAAUAAGAACUUCUACUUGAUGUCUUAAUAAGUUAAAAGAAAGUUGUAAUGCUACCAGUCGAAAUAGUCACAACUUUCGAACCAAUUGCUUUCUUUAUAGUUUGAAUUUUUUCCAACUAGUGUAUAAGCUUAGAGACAUACGAACUGGCAUGCGAAAUUGAUUGGUUACCGCAUUCGAAAGCUAAUCGACUAAUUCAAAUAGAAGACAUCAAAGGAUGGAGUUAAAGAGCGUUCGGCGAAAUGCUAGCCGUUGUAUUGAAAACUGGAAUGUUUGAUAAUUGAGUUUUUGCACUAUCACCCCAAUGUCGAAUUUUGUUUUUGUACUACGGUGGUGCAGUAUGAAGCCUCAUUCCACGAUGCAAGCUCCUCUAAACCCCUGAGGAAAGAACGGUUCCCCUACUCCUGAUCUUCACUAGGGAUUAGAUGUCCAUAAGCUUGAUGAGUUCUUGAUCCUUCUUUGAUAUUCGGUCAUUAAUCUAAUUGCAGUUCUCGGACCUAUUUCAAUCCAUCCAAUAAAAUAGCUCUUCGGUACUUCGUAUUUAUCAAUAUUCUAUCAAUAAAAAUGAAAUGGGAGG